AUAAAAUAUUCAGUUCUUCGUUUUUUAUCACUCAAUACAAGCUAAUUGAAAAGCUGAAUCCACUUCGAUAAUGUCAGAAGCACCGAAGAGAAGCGAAAAAUCUGCUGAUUAUAAAAAAGCGGUGGCAAAACAGCGACGCAUUAAGAAACUUCGCAAAAUGAAGAUUAAAGAUAGAGCUGGUGACGUGGUUGUCAGUGAUAUUUCUGACGUUGAAGUUGUUGGAAAUGGUGAUGAAGAAUCACAGGAUGAUUGGUUGAAUGAUCUUCUGAAGAGUGAUGGUGAUGGUGGAAAAGCCGGACCGGUUGAUCCUUCGCAUCCAAUGGAAACCACAACAACUGAUCAUUCUUCACAAAACACUCUGGCAUCAAAGAUCUGUGCAUUCACUUAUGAUAACUCGGCUCUUCUUGGCGUUGGAAUCGUCACGGUGGCCCUCAGUAUCUUCGCCCGUCUUCGUAAAUGAUCAAUAAAUGAACAAGAAUAAAUAGUUGUGUCUU